AUGUGAAGACAGCUUGUUAGAAAUUGCAAAUGAAAUUUAUCUGUCAAAAAUUAGUCACCAAACUGUUUGGACGUUGACGUUUUGUUUUCUCAUCAGAAUUACUUUUAAACAAUUUUUAAUUUUAAUUACAUCUAUCUAAAAUGGGAGACCAAUUCGAUUGUGCAUUGGACUUAAUGCGUAGGCUUCCCCCACAGCAAAUAGAGAAAAAUCUUUGCGAUCUGAUAGAUUUAGUUCCUAGUUUGUGUGAAGAUUUAUUGUCAUCUGUAGAUCAGCCAUUGAAAAUUGCCAAAGAUAAGGAAACUGGGAAAGAUUACUUACUCUGUGACUAUAAUAGAGAUGGAGAUUCAUACAGGUCACCAUGGUCCAAUACGUAUUAUCCUCCCUUGGACGACGGUUCUAUGCCGUCGGAGCGUUUGAGAAAACUAGAAUUAGACGCGAACCAUGCAUUUGAUCAAUACAGAGAAAUGUACUUCGAAGGCGGUGUCUCAUCCGUUUACUUCUGGGACUUGGAUCACGGAUUUGCUGGAGUAAUAUUGAUAAAAAAGACGGGUGACGGCAGUAAAAAAAUAAAGGGAUGCUGGGAUUCGCUUCACGUGGUGGAGGUGCAGGAGAAGAGUUCCGGAAGGAACUCCCAUUAUAAAAUGACAUCGACCGCUAUGCUGUGGCUGCAGACCAACAAACAGGAGUCUGGCACCAUGAACUUGGGCGGCAGCUUGACCAGACAGAUGGAACAGGACGCGACAGUCAACGACGUGAAUCCACACAUCGCCAACAUUGGGCGAAUGGUCGAGGAUAUGGAGAACAAGAUUCGCAACACCUUGAACGAAAUUUACUUUAGCAAAACGAAAGACAUCGUGAACAGUCUGAGAUCGGUACAGCCGUUGAACGAGAGCCGCCAGCAGUUGGCGCUGAAGCAGGACUUGGCAGCCGCUCUCCAACGCAGACACAACAAGUCCGACAACUGAUGCAAUCAGGUCUACCAUGUAAACUAUGAGAGCGAAUAACGAUAAUAUCCGACUUUAAUUUAUCUUCACUUCUGUCCAUAAUACUAAUUUUGUAGACGAGGCACCAGGUGCAAUAAUGAGGUGGAUAGUUUGGACGGUAUUAUGGAAAGAACAUUGCCAAAAUAAUGGAAGGAGCAGUUGUUUCAGUAUAAGUCCUAAUUUCUUCUUCUAAUUUAUAUUUAUGUAACUAUAGGCAUUUUUAAUUUAACGUUUUUUACUAUUACUUCAUAUUUUAUAAGGCUCAAGAAGUACACUUUCCACUUCCAGAGUUCUAUAUUUAAAUUAUAUAUUGUAUUAUAAAUUAGUAAAUUUUAAAUAUAAAUCAUUUUUGUAA